AUGGGGCACACGCCCUCCUCCCCUGGCAUGACGUGCCGGGUGUACUCGAAUUCUAGCGACUGGGACAUCAACGACAGCGCUAUUCCGCGCAUAGACGACUACGAUAAUUUUUCCGAAUGGGCCGAUGGACAUUGCCGAUUAGUUUAUCGGGCCGAUAACGAGGAGGCCAAACGGCAUUCUUCUGGCUGGGCGAUGCGAAACACCAACAAUCACAACGUGCACAUACUGAAGAAGAGCUGCUUAGGGGUUCUGGUAUGCUCCCUCAGGUGCACGCUGCCGAACGGCGAAAAAGUCCAUCUCAGGCCGGCGAUAUGCGAUAAGGCCAGGAAAAAACAACAAGGUAAACCGUGCCCGAACAGGCAGUGCAGGGGCCGCCUGGAAGUGCAGGCGUGCCGGGGCCACUGCGGAUAUCCGGUAACGCAUUUUUGGCGGCACACGGAGCACGCGAUCUUCUUCCAAGCCAAAGGCGUGCACGAUCAUCCCAAGCCAGAGGCCAAGAGCACGUCGGAAGCCAAGAGGACGCUCGGCACGGGAAGGCGGGUGCGCGGCUUGGCCGUGCUGUUAGCCAAAGAGACUGCUUUAGGAAAUAAUAAGUUAAUGUCAUUUCAUGAUCCGAAACGGCAAUGCAGGGAAAUCACCAAUCACAGAAGUGUUAACCAAUCAUUGACCAGCAACGAAUUAGAUAAAGGUUACUGUUCUUGUCCACCCUUCGAAUGCAUCUGCCGCUAUCAGCAAUCGAUGCUGACGCCGCUGAACCAGUUCGCAUCGCCGUUGAACGCGUACCAGCAGUCGCACGGCGCCGAGCCGUACUGGACGCAGGAGCCGUCGAUGCAGCAGACCUACGAGAAUCCCCCGGAAGCGGCGCUCCUCAACCACCAGUACGACUUCAACAACAUACCGACGGACAUCUUCCAGCCGGAGGAGAUCUUCCAGAUCGACCAGCCCGUCAAGCCGGACUUCGUGGCGGCCGGCCAGACGGAGCUGGCGAGGAGCCCGCCGACGCUGCUCGACCUGGGCAGCGGCACCAUCCACAAGGAGUUCAAGAACGAGGACUACUGGCACCCCGCCUUGCACAGCAUGCUGAACGACGACAGCAACAACAGCAGCAACAGCAGAUUCAACGUGAACCAGAGCCCGGACGGAAGUCAAUUGAUGGGCGUCGCCGGCGAGGCGCCGAUGAACCACCAUUUGUACUUGGAGGCGAAGCCCGCGGAGCCGCUGUUCGCCCUGCACAAGAACUCCUACUAUUCCGCGCAGAGUGCGGCCGAGUGUUUUCCGAUUAACUUCGAUUUGAUCGACGCGAAAAACGAUCACAAGUUCGAUUCGGCGCACGCCAAGGCGUACUCGAAGCAGAACUUCCAAGACGAAUACGUCGACCUGGUGCAAUACAACGAAUAUCACGGUUUCAUGAACGUUUACGACAACAAAACGAACAACGACCACGUCUUCGGCGACAUAGACUUCAAAGUCAACGCCUGCGUUCCUAACAUUAACAAUGUAAAUAGCUAUAACGAUAAUUUCGAUGUGAUCUCCUACCAGUAGUUUGUUGUAUGAUUAUUAUAUUGCUAAUUUGAGUGCCUUCUAAAGAAAAUGUUUGCGAUAGACUAAUCUUUGUGUAAACUUGUAAAUAAA